AUGGUCAUCCCCGUCCCGGAGGCAGACGGCAACAUCGCCUACUACGAGUCCCUCUACCCUGGGGAGUUCAAGAUGCCAAAGCAGCUUAUUCACAUACAGCGUGAGUAGAGUGGACCUGGCUGAAAGGCCUAGUACCCUAUACUACUGCUCAAUCCCAAAUCGACCCCAACACCCUACCUAUCCACUUGUGGCAAUCUGACAGGAUUUGAUUGGUAUAAGUAAUAUGAUGGAUCUUCCACCUAGCCUAUCGGAGGGCACGGUGGAACUGUUUGCAUAUUGAUUGCAGCUGUCGGAUCCUCUUAGAGCUCCACAAGUGCCUAGUACGUUGGGUCUAGGUGUCCAUUUGGGAUUUGGUCGUACCUCCUCAGCUUGGCUUAUGGAGAGGUGUUGAUCAGCAUUUGUGGGUUAUAUGUUGCGAGUGAUGAGGAGUAGUGUUUAUACCCUGAUAUCAGGAGCUGGCGGUGAAAAGUUUGAUUAAACAAUUCAGAGACUAAUACAUCCAAAGUAAAAAUAUUGAAGGAGAGCGACUCGAUAUACAAUCUCAAAGUCAGCUCUAACUGUCAAUAGUAAAAAGUUGUUUGAAUGGUGGAGUCGCUUCCGUAGACUCUCCCUCCUCCUCACCACUUGUUUGUAGUAGUUGGGACUUGUAUGGCAUAAUUCUCAAGCGUAGGGGGAUCUAGCCGUAGUAGUAAUUUAUUAGGCCUAAUUAUCUCGUCCAUGAAUCAUACUAUUUCUUAUUGCUCAAGAUAAGAGCUCAGCUAAAUUUAAAUUUCCCGGGCUGUUGUCAUUAUUGUCCGAUGUGAGAUGGGGCUGGGAAUUGCCAGGGAACUCACAAUACAAUAUUAUCACUAUACUUAGGUGCCGAUACAAUAUGUAUUGUGAUUUGAUGUUCCAGACAUAUUGCUCACCAUAUGUCUGCUGCAGAGAGACGAGAGAGCAGGAGAAAAUGAGUUUUGAUCAGUCAGGGAAAUAACUUCUGAAAAGUUGUUGGCUCACUAUUUAUAAAGAUGGGGUUUGGCGCAGGUACAGCCAACUAGUGCUAGCUAAUGCUACCUACAGUAGCAAAACAAUUGUUACUUGGAGUCAAAUAUCUAUAUUGUCCAGAAAUAAUAUUGCGAUAUCUAACUUUUAAUGUCAUUAUAGCUAGGAAAUUGAGUUAAUUCAUGUUACUUUGUUUGAUGUUUUCGCUGCCAGUCUAUCAGUAGAGGCUGCCGAAACUCAAUCUAACAUGAUUGGAAUUAAAUUAAUUGAUUUAAAUGAAGGUGUGUGUGUGUGUGUUUUGGAUUUAGGAUUCUCAUCUGUCUUGGGCUUUGAAAGUGUAAUUGGCUAAAUUAAAUGCAGUUGCCAAGAUGCUGCCAAGAAGUUUCUCUGGCUUGAUUCCGCUCAGAUUUGCUGAACCGACCAAAUGUAAAUUAAUCACUUUACCCCAAUCAAUACAACCAUGGCUUUAGUCAGAAUUUAAGUACUAGUAGCUCAGAACAUAAGUCAGCAUUAUGUCAAACUGAUAAGAUGGGCUAGAAGGUCUCCCAUACUAGGAAAGGGGAGUAGCCAGCUCUUCUUUUCAACUGUUGAAAUGGAAAUGCAUUGGAUUAAUGGAUUAAGCACCAGGCUACUGUGAUGCUACCACAAUUAGCAUGUGUGCUCAAUGGUAACGGGAGAGCUACACUGGGGUGUCAUGGACGCCUAACUUUUGCCAGCGCGAGCCACCUUAUUAAGUGUUCUCUGGCUUGAGCCGCACGCCAAAUUCUUGAAAAUAGAACUGGAGUGUAAAUUUACUCCGAGCAGCGUGAGCCUCAUCGGUUAGCCAUCACGAUGGGGAGUUACAAUGACUCCCAGGAUCUCUUUGAUAUUCCAUUCUAGAGCUGGUCAAAAAUCCAUAUUGCGGUAAAUUGCCUGAAUUUAUGUGAUAAUGAUAAAUGGAACGCUAAGUUUAUAACUAUGUGCACCAGUGUUUAGUUUUUAUUAUCAUUUAAACUACUACUACUCGUUUGAUUGUUGUAGCCAUCAAUUGUUUUAUUAACAAUCACCCAUAUUAGGAAACUUAUUUCAUUUCAAACUUCAUAUUUCUCUAGUAUAGGCUACUUAUCGUCAUGAACAAUAUCAGCAAAAUGCCUGUGAUAAGUGAUCGGUAUGGUCUGUAACUUUCGAUUUGUCGUCCCAGCCCUACUCCAUUCCCAUCCUCAUGUCUAAAGUUCUCACCUCUCCUUUAGCUGUCUAAAAUCCCUCUUUCCCUCUCACCCCUGUAGCUUUCACCCUGGACACGGAGCAGCCGGACUAUGACCUGGACACAGAAGACGAGGUGUUUGUGAACAAGCUAAAGAAGAAGAUGGAGAUCACCUUCCUGCAGUUUGAGGAGAUGGUCGACCGGCUGGAGAAAGGCAGUGGGCAGCAGGUAAGUCUUGGAUUCUGUGUCCCAAAUUGCAUGCUAUUCCCUACAUAUGGUGCACUACUUUUGACGAGAGCCCUAAGUGCCUUGGUCAAAAAUAGUGCACUACACAGGGAAUAGGGUGCAGCCUGCAAUGGGCAGUCAUAGCGUCAGACUAGCAUCCUGUCCAGGGGGUGUACUGUCUUUCACAUCAAGCUGUGUGUCACGAGAAUUUCUAUCUCUAAUUCAACCUAAGCUUGAAUCAUUACCAGAGGUUGUAAGGCUCUGGUUUUAAUCAUAAAUGAUUCAAGGUCCACAACCAGCAAGAAUGAUCUGUAUUUUUAUUCAUGGAGAGCUCUGGCGCCAAAACCCAUACACUCCUGUUUUAUACCCCUUGACACACAAAGGCACUUUGCUCCGCCCACCUUUAGGAGGCUUUUUUAAAACCCGUUUUCUCAGUCCCCUUCACCCUGGAAUGAACACCGUUCACACAUUUAUACUGUAUUUGGGGUGAAAUCCUUUAGUCAUUAUUCUUAAAAUACAAAUUAAUCUAACACUGUGUCACGCUAAUGAAACCAGAGAUGGUUACUCUUGGUGGGGUCUCCAAUCAGGGGGUCAGGACAGAGACCAUGCCUCCUCCCAAAUGUGACCCCCCUGCUCCUCCCUCACCUCUUCCACCUGUCAGGCGGUGAGCCUGCAGGAGGCCAAGCUGCUGCUGAAGGAGGAUGACGAGCUGAUCAAGGAGGUGUUUGACUAUUGGACCAGGAAGAGGAAAAAGGGCAAGCACGGCACGCUGCAUCCCACUGUGAAGCAGGAGAAGAGGGACGGAUCCAGCACCUCAGACCCCUACGUGGCCUUCCGCAGGAGGACGGAGAAGAUGCAGACCAGAAAGGUAGGAUCCCACUUCUAGACCAGGGGCAUAUAAGGGCUAGUUGACUCGUUUCCCGGACAUAGAUAAAGCCUAGUGCUGGUCAAUGGAAAUUCCUGUUGAGCAUGGUUUUUAGUUUAGGUAUAGGCUUUAUCUGUGUCCAGGAAACUGGCCCCAAGUGUGUGGUAUGUACCUAUACCCCUACACAUUUCCAUUUCAACUAAAUAUAGGCUUACUCUGGGUUAUUGACAGCAGAUGACAGUCAAUUAAUGGUGAAAUUGCACACCUCAGAACCGUAAGAACGAGGAGGCUGGGUAUGAGAAGAUGCUGAAACUGCGGCGGGACCUGAGCCGAGCCGUCACCAUCCUGGAGAUGAUCAAGAGGAGGGAGAAGAGCAAGAGAGAGCUGCUGCACCUCACCCUAGAGAUCGUAGAGAAGAGGUUGGUACUACUCAUUGACAUACUGUAGUUUUUAUUUUAAGUCAUGUUGCUAGGAUGCCAGCCAUCUUAGUCAGGACAACUUUCAUUCUGGAAACUGGUCAAAUGUGGUAAAAUAUUGUAUACAACAAUGCAUUUGUAGAUAUCUGCUCGGUAUGUUUGCUAGCUAGCUAGCCAACCAUUAAUUAGGCCUAUAGGAUCUCUAUGGUACUGCUGUAGUGGAAUGGUUGGGAUCUGUUUAAGAGACUAGAGUUGGACUUCGUGUAGCAAAACAACAAUGUUUUAAAUCAGUUUUGAUUGAGUGGCUGGCGAUUUGAUUGAUAUCCAAUUGAGUUAUUCAAAUGCUUGAUUAUAACUUGAGUUUGACCUUUGCCCUUCCAGGAACGGUAUGUCGGACUUCGGUGGUGAGAUCAUGGCUGAAGUACUGGCCCAGCGAGCUCUGGCCAAGCCUGCCCAUAUUAUUCCCUUGGCGCCGCUGACCAGCAACCAGUACAGACAUCAGGACCACAUGGACCUCAAGGAGUACAAGUCCAAGGUGUGUGUGUGUGUGAGAGAAAAAAAAAGAGGGCAACCUCUCAAUGGCCCGUAUUCACAUAGUGUCUCGUAGUAGGAGUGCUGCUGAUCUACAAUCAGAAUUGCCUUUUAGAUCACAAUGAAUAAGAUUAUAUUUACAUUUUAGUCAUUUAGCAGACGCUCUUAUCCAGAGCGACUUACAGUUAGUGAGUGCAUACAUUUUCAUACUGGCCCCCCGUGGGAAACGAACCCACAACCCUGGCGUUGCAAGCGCCAUGCUCUACCAUCUGAGCUACAGGGGACCUGAUCCUAGAUUAAGAAAGGGACCUGAUCCUAGAUCAGCACCUCUACUCAGAGAUACUUUGUGAAUACGGGCCAAUGACUCAAAGGUUUCCUCCUGCUUUCCCCAAAGUGUUUGACAGCAAGUGAGUGAUGAAAUGAAAUGAAAUGUCUGUCCUUCCCUCCCUUCUAGCCGGAGAAGACUGAGGUCGUCAGGCAGAAGAGGAAGUAUGAGAGGAAGCCUAAAGUCUUACCCCUGUCAGCUGCUGCCCCCAACCACUUUGGCCCCUCUGUGUUCAACGCUAAGGAUGUCCACCAGUAUGACUUCCCCAGCUCAGACGAUGAGCUGCACUCCCAGGUAGGCAGAGCGGUUAGACAUGGGCUGCGUCCCAAAUGGACCCCUAGACCCUACGUCCUAUGUACUUGGAGAUCUGAGAGGAUUUGAUUGGUAUAAGCAAUAUGGUGAGACUUCCACCUAGCCAAUCAGAGGGCAGGGUGGAGCUAUGACCAUAUUAUUGUCACCUGUCAAAUCUCCACGAGUGCUUAGGGUGGAUUUGGGAAUGGGCCUUGGACAUCUGUGGCGGAAAUCUCUUUAUUUGGGCAUAAGAAUGGCCGUUUUGGUGACGUGUGACUGAACGGUCUUUCCUCCUCUCCCACUCUCCAGAUGCACUCAGGCUCCUCAGAAGCUGAGGAGGAGAAUGACCCAGAUGGUUCCUUUUCCUUCCGGAGGAAAGCAGGCUGUCAAUAUUAUGCUGUGAGUAUAAAAUACAAAAUACGAUAACCUUGCUGUACAUUUACACUUUCCUUUUGUGUGGUCAGCAUACAAAAUACACAAAAUCAGUACAUUAUACACUACAUGACCAAAAGUAUAUGGACACCUGCUCGUCGAACAGCUCAUUCCCCUUUACUGCUAUAACAGCCUCCACUCUUCUGGGAAAGCUUUCCACUAGAUGUUGGAACAUUGCUGCGGGGACUUGUUUCCAUUCAGUCAUGAGCGUUGUGAGGUCGGACACUGCUGUUGGGCGAUUAGGCCUGGCUCGCAGUCAGCGUUCCAAUUCAUCCAAAAGGUGUUCAAUGGGGUUGAGGUCAGGGCUCUGUACAGGCCAGUUAAGUUCUUCCACACCGAUCUCGACAAACCAUUUCUGUAUGGACCUCGCUUUGUGCACGGGGGCAUUGUCAUGCUGCAACAGGAAAGGGCCUUCCCCAAACUGUACCCACAAAGUUGGCCGAACCAUGGAAAACAGCCCCAGACCAUUAUUCCUCCUCCACCAAACUUUACAGUUGGCACUAUGCAUUGGGGCAGGUAGUGGUCUCCUGGCAUCUGCCAAACCCAGAUUAGUCCGUUGGACUGCCAGAUGGUGAAGCGUGAUUCAUCACUCCAGUGAAUGCGUUUCCCCUGCUCCAGAGUCCAAUGGCGGCGGGAUUUUCACCACUCCAGCAGACACUUGGCGUUGCGCAUGGUGAUCUUAGGCUUGUGUGCGGCUACUUGGCCAUGGAAACCCAUUUCAUGACGCUCCUGACAAACAGUUCUUGUGCUGACGUUGCGUCCAGAGGCAGUUCGGAACUCGGUAGUGAGUGUUGCAUCUCAGGGCAGACGAUUUUUACACACUUCAGUACUCCGCGGUUUGUUCUGUGAGCUUGUGUGGCCUACCAUUUCGCGGCUGAGCCGUUGUUGCUCCUAGACGUUUCCACUUCACAAUAACAGCACUUACAGUUGACUGUGGCAGCUCUAGCAGGGCAGAAAUUUGACUAACUGACUUGUUGGAAAGGUAGCAUCCUAUCACGGUGCCACGUUAAGUCACUGAGCUCUUCAGUAAGGCCACUCUACUGCCAAUGUUUGUCAAUUGCGAUUGCAUGUCUGUGUGCUCGAUUUUAUACACCUGUCAGCAAUAUUUGAAGGGGUGUCCACAUACUUUUGUGUAUGUGUAAUUCAAAACAUAAAUGUAGGAAAGUGAACACACACGUAUUCACAUUGUUCACAUUCUGUCUGGCCAUGCAUUGUAACUCGGGUUAUAAAUAAUAAUAUAUGCCAUUUAGUGGAAGCUUUUAUCCAAAGCAACAUAGUCAUGAGUGCAUAAUGUUUUUACAUAUGGGUGGUCUUGUGAAUCGAACCCACUAUUUUGGCGUUACAAACGCCAAUCUCUAUUUACUGAGCUAGUGGACCAUGUCUAAAAGUUGUGUCCUAUGUCUAAUGGCUCAUCCUGUGUCUCUGUCACUAGUCUCGGUUGGACCACGGCGGCAGCUGGCCGUGGGUCAGUCCGUCAGAGGGUGGUCUGGGAGACACUCGUUACCGCUACUGCCUCACCACCCUCACAGUGCCACCAUGCUGCCUGGGCAUGGCACGACGACGCCUGGGACGAGGGGGCAGGUAGGUUACUGGAGGGUAAAAGGGGCAAUCUGGGAUUCAAACAACAAAGCGGGUUUACCCCCGCCACUGUUUUGGUAAACAGCUGAGUGAUGGGGCAGGAGAAAUGUAACUACUCUCCAAUUCAUAGACAGAGCUGUGGAUGCAAGAACUGUGAGACCCUCUGUGAGAUCAACUUAAUAGCUUUCUGGGACCAAUGGCAUAAAUGAAUGCCUUGCUAACAGAAGGACUAAACCCUGUUCCCUCUCCUCUCUCCCUCAGGGUUUUGCUGGACAGGGCACACACAGACUUUGAUAAUGUAUUUCAUGGGCUGGACUCGGAAAUGCUUGACCUACCUGCCCACUCUCCAGUCACAGACAAGUUUGCUAGUACCUCACAAACGAAUACCUCGGACAGAACCUCUUCUUAUUCCUCCUCUUCCUCUUCUGCGGACCUCAGUCAGAUACUGUUGAACAUUAAGUUGAGCCGAUGGCGGCACUUUAGGCCCCGGACACUACCACUACACGACGAGGACAACACGGUCACAGACCCCUUGUUCAGGAGGCUGGGCAGGGGCCUGAGUCGCAUCACCUCUACCAUGGCUGGCACCACUGGUCCCCUGAGAGGAGCUGGCCCCACGGCCCCCACAGCUGGUGAGUAG